AUGACCGCACUGCGUCCGCUGGCUGGCGGUCUGCGAGUCAGUGCAGCCAGCCCAGCUCUACGUCACAGGAGUCUCGCUACAUUCCCACUGGAUCGCCGGCGUACUAUAACGAGCUACGGCUACACACAGGCCAAGUCACUGGUAUACUCGAAGUAUGGGGAGCCGAAAGAUGUCCUCAGUGUCCAUGGUCACUCGAUCUCUCCGCCUUCCGGCUCAGGCGUUGUGGUGCGCAUGCUCACAUGUCCCAUCAAUCCCGCAGAUGUCAAUCAGAUACAAGGCGUCUACCCUUCCAAGCCGGAGAUGAACACCCUCUUGGGCACCACUGAACCCGCAGCUGUUGGUGGCAAUGAAGGAGUGGGCGAAGUCAUGAGCGUCGGAUCUUCUGUCAAAGGAUUGCAAAAGGGCGAUUGGGUAGUGAUGAAAUAUACUGGGAUGGGCACAUGGCGGACACACAUGGCCGUCGACGAGAGUCAACUCCACAAGAUCGAGGACAAGACAGGACUCUCGCCCUUACAGGUUGGAACAGUGUCGGUCAACCCCUGCACAGCGUACCGCAUGCUUCUCGACUUUGCCACGUGGGGUUUCAGAGGCGAUGAAUGGUUCAUUCAGAACGGGGCCAACAGUGGUGUUGGCCGCGCUGCUAUACAACUUGGCAGAGAAUGGGGCAUCAAAAGCAUCAACGUCAUCCGAGGCCGGGAAGACAAAACCGAGGAACAGAAGUUAAAGGACGAGCUCUAUGGUCUUGGUGCGACGCAAGUCAUUACCGAGGAGGAGUUACAAGGUAAGGGCAUGAAAGACCAGAUCAAGGAAUGGACUCGCGGCGGUCGAGAAGAGGUCAAGGUCGGCUUGAACUGCGUGGGAGGCAAGCCAGGAGUAGCCCUUGCAAAGUUCCUCAGCCCCGGAACGACCAUGGUCACAUACGGUGCAAUGAGCAAGCAGCCACUUGCGCUCCCAGCGUCAAUGCUGAUCUUCAAAGAGCUGAAGUUCACUGGCUUCUGGGUCAGCAGAUGGAGCGACAAUCAUCCCGAUCUGAAGAAGCAGACCGUGGAUGAUAUCCUCCAGCUUACAAGGAACGGCAAGUUCAAAGACAUUCCGGUCGAGGAGUGCAGUUGGGGGUGGGAUACCGAGGUGUCGACUUUGAGCGCAGCCGUUCAAGGGACACUAGGUGGGUUCAGAGCUGGAAAGGGCGUCUUCACGUUCGAAAAGCUGGACGUGUAG